GACAUCUACGCGACGAGCAAGCGCCCUUCAGCGGCCUCCAAAUGCCAUUGAACAGCAUCACUCUAGGCUCAAAUUGCUCUCUUCAUUGAUUCGGUUAAAGUUACCAUUGACGCCUGAUGCAGUCCAUCCUCUGCACUCAUGAUAUCGUCUCGCGUCGCUCAUGGGCUAGGGCGACGCUGCCCAAGAAGAGCAUGCAAUGUCGUCUUCCGACAAGUUAUCACUGCCUAUUAUGAAGAACGAAAUGGCACAUUGUUAUACAGUGCCGCCAUGGCACAACGGCGAGGCAAAAAGACGAAGACUAAUAUAGACCUAGCGGAUUUGCCUCAAGGGCCACUUAAAGGCGAACCUGCUCUCCCCGCUGAGGAGGACGAAGUAGGCCCGGCAUAUCCGACCGUUGUUCUUCAAGCAAAGAAGAAUAUGGCCAAAUUUGACAAUUGUGUUUUAAUUACCCGUGUAGGGGGCUUUUAUGAGCUCUAUUUUGAACACGCUUCUGAAUAUGGGCCGUUACUGAAUCUCAAAGUAGCCUCUAAGAAGACCAGCGCUGGCCCAGUCCCAAUGGCCGGAUUCCCGUUCUUUCAGUUGGAUCGAUUUCUGAAGAUAUUGGUCCAAGACCUCAAUCGUUAUGUCGCCAUUGCAGAAGAAUUUCCCAACUCACCAGCGGAUAAGAUUCGCUCUGGAGGGUUGAUGCAUGACCGUAGAGUUGCCCGAAUCAUUACACCUGGUACAUUGAUCGAUGAAAACUUUAUUGAUCCCUAUGCCAAUAACUAUGUCUUGGCCAUCCACGUCCAGCCGCGAGAUGCCUCUACGACAGCGAUGGAAGGCAUCAAAGAGACAGAGACAGCUGAAACGCUCGGCCUAGCUUGGCUGGAUCUUUCUACAGGCAAUUUCUUAACACAAGCUACCGAUGUAGGAUCGCUCUCUUCGAUAAUAUCUCGGAUUAGCCCGCGAGAGAUAGUGCUCGACGAAGACUUUGAAACACAAAAGGACCACGAUCUGUUUGCCAUCUUAGCCGAAGAUAAGCAUCUUGUUACAUAUGCACAACCUGGACCAAUAUCUAGUAUGGCUGACUGGACAGCAAUGUUGGAAUCUGAGAUAUCCAAAAGCGUCACGGAUACCUUCACCCCGAACGAGGUCCUAGCCGGUUCACUACUUUUAAACUACGUUUCCGAUCGACUGCAAGGCUUGAGUAUGAAGCUGCAGCCUCCACUCCGACAUGAAACAAUGGAAAUUAUGAGCAUAGACAAAAACAGUCUACGGGCUCUAGAGAUUAAGCAAACAAUGCGUGAUGGGUAUUUCAAAGGAAGUCUACUUCACGCCAUCCGCCGGACUGUUACGAAGAGCGGUGCAAGGCUCCUUAAUGAGUGGCUGAGUGCACCCUCAACCUCCAUUGAUGUCAUUACAAAACGACAAGACAUCGUAGCACACUUUAUUGAACAGGAGGAUCUGAGAGAUGCUGUGGUAACACUACUGCGUAGAUGCCAUGAUUCCCAGCGACUGGUGCAGAAAUUUGCCAUGGGGCGAGGAGAUGCCGAUGAUCUGCUAGGAUUAGCCAGUACAGUCACGGCAACUGAAGACAUAGUGAAGCUUCUGAGCAAGAGUUCAGAUGUCAGCACAGACAAAGAGUCAAAUUUCCUGGACACCUUGUUGUCUCGCAUUGAGCUCUUAGAGCCACUUCGGCUUGCAAAGAGAAUUCGGGACGCCAUUGAUGAAGAUGGUCUCACACAACAGCAUGAGAAUGAGGAUACCGAAGCGUCUCAAAUGUUGGAGCUGGCACAAACCGUAGUCUCUUCCGAAGGAAACGAAGGAGAUUCCUCAGCAUUACCAAAAGGAAAGAAGAAGAGACCAGCAAGUAUCAAGGAACACUAUGCGGAGGACAAUGAGGCUUGGAUUAUGAAGCCAGGUGCCAGCCCAACACUCCGAAAACUCCACUCCAAGCUUGACGAAUUGGUCACUGAGAAGGAGAUCCUGAACGAGACCCUGAAGAGCCAAUUAGGAGCGUCUAGUCUUACUCUCAAAUGGACACCGGGUCUUGGCCACAUCGCCCACAUCAAAGGCAAGGACGUUAAAAACCUGACCGAGAUCAGAGCCUUGUCUGCAAGUCGUUCUACUCGCUCAUUCCAUCUACCAGAGUGGACAACACUUGGCCAACGGUUGGAUCAGGCCAGAUUUCACAUCCGUCGUGAAGAACAGCGCGUAUUCCAAGCACUGCGAGAGCAUGUAGUCCACAACCUGGUUAAGCUGCGACGGAACGCAGUCGUAUUGGAUGAAAUUGACGUUGCAAUCUCUUUUGCGAGCCUGGCCACGCAACAGCAAUUAGUCCGACCACUUCUGAACGACUCUACAGCACACACAAUUCUGGGCGGUAGACAUCCCACGGUUGAAGGCGGAUUGGUAGAUCAAGGCCGAAGCUUUGUUCGAAACGACUGCCUCGUCGGUAACAAAGACGCCGGACUGCUAUGGCUCAUCACUGGACCAAACAUGGCAGGAAAGAGUACAUUCUUGCGUCAAAAUGCCCUGAUUACUAUUCUUGCUCAAAUUGGCUGCUAUGUACCGGCAACGUAUGCGGAGAUGGGCAUUGUCGAUGCUAUAUACAGCCGUGUGGGAUCUGCAGACAACUUAUACCGUGACCAGAGCACAUUUAUGGUGGAAAUGUUGGAGACUGCACAUAUUCUCCGGCAGGCGACAGCCAAGUCAUUCGUGGUAAUGGAUGAAAUUGGCAGGGGAACUACCCCAGAAGACGGCACUGCCGUCUCCUUCGCCUGCUUGCAACAUCUCGUAACAGUGAACAAGUGCCGAACGCUAUUUGCAACGCACUUCCACAAUGUUGCCGAGCUUGCGGCGAAGGAAGGAUUAUGUGACGGCGACACUGCAGACGUACAGAUGUAUUGCACAGAUGUCGAAGAGGACCAGGAAGGCGGUUUUGCCUAUGUACACAAAUUACAAAAGGGGAUUAAUAGGAAAAGCCACGCCCUUAAAGUCGCUAAGCUUGCAGGACUACCAGAGAGAGUAUUGCGGACGGCACAGAGGGUGUUGGGUGAUACCCAGAUUUAG